AUGGGUAUUUGUGCAUUGUGUCUUGCCAUUCCUGUACAGCCGAUUCUCAAUAAAGGUUUUGAGGAAUUUUCAUAUGUUCAUCAUCUUUCAGUGAAAGGUCUCGAGAUAUCCGCAACAAACUGUCACAUAUGUGCCCUAUUCCAUAGUGCUAUUGCUUCCACUCCAUCUGGUAACGAAGGGCAGAAGACUUAUUUGAAGAUCGACCGAAAGCAAGGGGCUUCUACCCCUCUUAGAAAUCCUAUUUCCUACCAAGUGGGAAGGGAUGGGCAGUCUUAUAUGUUUGAUGUAGAAACUACGGGGGUUCCUCGCGCACAAAUCUCACAUCUCUCAGACGACUUGAAUUCCAGCCUUUUGUUCCCCAGAAAUCAGAACAUUACCUCUAUCAUAUCAUCAUGGAUCAAAACCUGUAUUAAUGAGCAUGUAAACUGUAAUAUACAUUACGAUACAAGAUUUCGGCCUCGUCGGCUCAUUGAUGUUGGAAAGUAUGGCACACCACCUCGACUAGUGGAGACGCAGCAAAACGAUGAUCGUUAUACAAAGUACCUUGCGUUGACACAUUGUUGGGGAAAGGAAAUGCCAGAGGCUGCAACAACAAAAACCAGCACACUUGAGCGGCGCUUGCUCUCCAUCCCUUUCAAGACGCUACCUCGAACGUUUCGCGAUGCGAUCACUAUUACCAGACGUCUCGGACUACAAUAUCUAUGGAUUGAUUCUUUGUGCAUUGUUCAAAACUCUCUGCAGGAUUGGCAACAAGAAUCAGCUAAGAUGGGGAAAAUCUACUCCCAUGCAUAUUGCACGAUUGCAGCAGCGGCAGCAACCAACUGUGAAGGGGGCCUCUUUGCAUUACAUAGCGAGCUACCAUUGCUUCCUCAAGCUCUUAAUCAACCUGGAAUUCUUUUCAAGACUCCUUAUCCCGGAUGGGACAAUCUUUAUAACAAAAAGUACACUGAUCCAAAGAAGCUGGACCCUACAGGAGCCAAUAAAUGGGCUUUGAAAUCUAGUCUUUCACGAUAUGUCUUGAACUCAAGUGUGAGGUGUCUCGACAAGAUCCACGAGGGUAGCCCGCACCACGAUAUGGUAACUGAAAAGUAUUAUGAACUGUGGCGAAAGAUGGUGCAGGAUUAUAACAACCGUAAACUCACGCAUCGUUCCGACAAGUUCCCGGCGCUUUCUGGUCUCGCUCUCGAAUUCGCGUAUCUUCUGAAUGAUGAAUAUGUAGCCGGGUUAUGGAAAAAGGACAUUGUCAGAGGCUUGUGUUGGAAAUGGUUGUCAAAUCGUGCGAGGCAACAAAGUACGCAUAAUUAUGAACCAUCAUGGUCUUGGGCCAAGAUGAAUGUCCCGAUAACAUAUGGCCUCCUAAGAGAAGACCGGGUCUUCGAAUCGAGGGUCAACAGAGGACAAUUUGUCCAUGUACCAGUAGAUUCACGAAUUGUUGAUCCGGAAAUUUUACACAUUAGUAUUGUUCCUGAAGGGGAAGACCCUCGUGGAACUCUUAUCUCCGGGAGAAUAUAUCUUCGCGGCCAAUUGCUUCAAUUACAACGGUCUAAAACUGGUGACUAUUCUGUAGAUGUCGAAUCAUUACGAAUUAUAUUUGAUCAUUUACCUCAACCACCGGUAGACCUUUAUUUAAUGAGCUUGGGGCGAACAAAUGUAGGGAUAGUUCUACAGGUAUUUGAACAAAGUAGCAAGGAAUACAGUCGAGUAGGGGUAAUUGCUCCUACGGAAUGGGAAUGGUUCAAAGAUAUCAACGGUUCUUUGGCAAGAAGUCCAAGACCAUGGGCCCUAGGUAUUGAUCGAAUAGUGUGGUCAACAUCACAGGAAGAUCUAGCAAGUGAGGAGAUUCAAGAGGAUAAAUCUUUGAAGCCGCAGGAACAACCACAUGAGUGGAAUUUUGGUGUUAUCAAGAUGCCGAGUUUUCCUCGGUUUGAAUUCUAA